AUGGCUGUACCAUACCCAGAAGGCGAAGUCUUCUUUGACCGAAAGGUUCUUGCACAACGUUCGAAGGAUGGCUAUCGUGCCGACAACCAGAAAGAUUUCUAUUCUCACUUUAUGAUCGAAUACGUGUGGAAUGUCGAAGCAUACCAUGGCAGCAAAAACGCGAACUCCGUCGCAAUCGGUUACCAAUCCGUUCUUGGAAUCCAGAUACCUGUGCUUAAGCCUGGCGUAGGUCACAAGCAUCGCCGCUCCGGAUACAAAAUCUCGAAAGGGGAUAAAUGGGAAACGCACUACGGUAACUGGACACAGCUUCCUAUUAGCUAUGGUCCAGAGCAGGGAGACAUCAAGAGACGCGUUGAACACAAUCUCUGCACGAGUGGUAAUCGCUUUCGCAAUUAUGAAUGGGGAGACUCUGCAGAGUUCUUCUUCAUGGUCUUGCCAAUGCCUACAAGAGCUGAGAGAUGGGUUUGGAUUGAUCUGCUGGCAAAUAUUCGCGCAAUAUAUAUUCCAAUCGCCUAUUCGGCAUCAGAAGACUACCCGGACCUCAGUACUUGGGUGCAGAUUAACUUCGCCACUGAUCGAACCGUGCCUGUCUGGCGCGCUGGUGGGGUAACUGAGGAGUAUAAGACCGACAAGUUGUUAGGUUUCGGCGUGAAGAAGGAUCGGACCCUUGGACUAGACUUCACUGGGCUUGUGGAGCUGCUCACUAUUCCCCGCCAGUUCCGCAAAGUUAACCCUUAUUCAGGAAAGCUUGUUAGAAUUGUUCCUGACAAUUGGGUCAAGACGGUACCAGUGAACAAGUCUUACAGGGAUGCAGAUGACAUUAGUUGGCUAGCUAUCCAGAAAGCCCAUAACGGGAUUGACUUGAUGUGGAAGUCUGUCGAAAAAAGUUUCUGGAUAGAAAAUUUCACCAAGAACGCAAUGGUGUUCGCUAUUGGGUUUAUACCUGGCCCAGGUCCCUUUAUGGCCAUCGCGUUCUCCCUGACUUGGACCGCAAUCAAAGAUGAGGAGGCAUUCUGGGAUGAACUUAGCCUUUGGUGCCCCGCAGUUAAGCUUACAGAUUCAUUUAAGGAAGACAUGAAAAAGGGCUUUGCUGAGAUGAGGGAGGCAUUUAUUGACCCGAGGUGGCUUGCCCCAGGGACGGACGUGAUCGUUGGGAAACUUAAUGCUAAGCCCAAACCGGUGGUUGAGAUGACUUUGGACGAGGCUAAGAAGGUUCAGAAGGAAACUGAAGUAGGGAAACCUCCGGAGGGCCAGAAAGCUGAUGACCCAGACGGAGGAAAUGUCCUUGGAGUUGCCGAAGCCGAAGAAUAA